CACUCUUUCUGGUCUUGCACAUAUCUUUAUAAACCCCCUUAAGCUUCCAUAAAUAAAACCAGUAACUUUCCAGAACUUUGUUCAACUUUCUCCAGAAAAUGAAUCGCAGAAUUCAACUAACUUUACUUUCUGCUUCAGGGUCAGCUAAUUCAUCGAGGAAUUUGCAUCUAAAGAAUGACAUGUUGCUGAUGGCUUGUUAAGUACUACAGAAUUAGAGAAUGCUUUUGGUUAAGUCCAGAUAAAAUAGAAAGGAGAAGCAAUUAGCCCGUAGAUUAACUAAAGUUACUAUUUAAUCAAGAUAUUGCUCUACUCUCUACAUUUUCAAGGAUAUUCUUCAAAAAUUUAAGAAAUGGCUGCCUGUAAAAGACCUCCUAAAUCUUCAAUAGAACACAAUGGUUAUUCAGUUAAGUGUGCAUCAUUUAAGAUUGUUGAUUUCCUUCCUAAAGAAUAUGCUUCCCUCUCUGGUGACAAGAAGCAGAACAAAAACAAAGGAUCUGAACAACUGUCCACUGAAGUAUUGAGCAUGAGCGAGAUAAUAUCAGCAAUCGACCAGAUUUGGGAUUGUGCAAAUCGUCUUUCUCUUUUUCAACCUAAAUCAAAGUCGAAUCUAAAUCUGAGUGGCUAUCAGAAGGAAGAUGUCUUAGAUGGCUUGGACACAGGACAAAAGGGUAGGGCACCCCUUUUAGAUGGUAGUGAAAGCUUUCAGUGGUCACCUGUAUUGCAGUCUAAGUUUGAGUUUUUGAAGGUAACCCAGAAGAUUUCACUUUUUGAACCUUGUAAUGAAAAUUGCAGGGAAUCAUUUUUCUCAAGGCUUUUGCAGGGUGGUAGAAACUUGUCUAAUAAUUCUUGGAAAGGAAAUGAAUUUGGAAUUAGAUCUGUUGGAUUAUUUUCUGAGCUAGGGAAUACGUAUCAAUGGAUGAAAGAAUUAGUUCCUGCUGGGCUUAAAUAUCAUCUUAAUAGCACUGAGAUUGGAACCAAGCAAAUUGGUGAAUGCUGCAUUCCAGGACAAGCAGGUAGCUCAACUGGGGCCUGUGUUUCUGGAACAACUAAUCCUGCAAGCAACACCGUAGUUGGAGGUGCUGAGUGUAAUUCUGAUUCACUCAGAUCAAAAGAUCUGCCUUUAUGUGAUGAUUCAAAUUUAAGGAUGAAUACUGGAGUAACCUCACUACUUUCAGAUUACCUUAUGGCUGCACAAGCUGAUAACAGUGUUGCAAACACCUCAAGUUCUAGUCUUUAUGCAGAUUGUCAUGUUGGUGAUAUCUCUUCUUGUGCUAGUGCACGUGAAGGAUGGCAACAUCUGAUUAAUGGUGGAGAAGUGCUAGAAAGUGAUGGAAAACAGCCUCAUGAGUUUGUCACAGAAGAAGAAAAUAGAACAGUAAUUCCCUCAUCUGGAGUUGAAAAGUCUCAUUAUGCCCCUGCUAGGCAACAGCAUGCUUUUGCUGGGGCAUUAGCUGGUGCAUUCGUUAGUGUUUGUCUUCAUCCUGUCGAUACAGUUAAGACAGUUAUUCAAUCUUGUAGUACAGAGCAGAAGUCUAUAUGUUAUAUUGGAAAGUCCAUUGUUUCUGAAAGAGGUUUUACUGGACUUUAUCGUGGAAUUGCUAGCAAUAUUGCAUCUUCAGCUCCUAUAUCUGCUGUUUAUACUUUCACGUAUGAAUCAGUUAAAGGUGCUUUGCUUCCUCUUUUCCCUAAGGAAUAUUUCUCUCUUGCCCAUUGUAUAGCAGGUGGUUGUGCAAGUGUUGCUACUUCUUUUAUUUUUACUCCAAGUGAGCGAAUAAAGCAACAGAUGCAAGUUGGUUCCCACUAUCAUAAUUGCUGGAAUGCAUUUGUAGGGGUUAUUAGAAAGGGUGGUUUGCCUUCUUUAUAUGCAGGAUGGGGAGCUGUACUCUGCAGAAAUGUCCCUCACUCAAUCAUCAAGUUCUAUGCAUAUGAAAGCUUGAAGCAAAUGAUGCUGUCAUCUCUACAGUCUGGUGCUCAACUCAACACAUUACAAACACUUGUUUGUGGAGGAGUAGCUGGAUCUACUGCUGCUAUCUUUACAACGCCAUUUGAUGUGGUGAAAACUAGAUUCCAAACACAGGUUCCUGGCUCCAGGAGCCAAUAUAACAAUGUCUUUCAGGCCCUUCAGGAAAUAGCCAAGCAGGAAGGUUUAAAAGGGCUAUACAGGGGAUUGAUUCCGAGACUGGUUAUGUAUAUGUCUCAAGGAGCUCUCUUCUUUGCUUCAUAUGAAUUUUUUAAGAGUUUAUUUUCCUUGGAGGUGCCACAUACUAGCACUCAAAGGACCUGGCAUAAGCAAAAGAGCAAGGAUGGUAUAAGAUUAGAGCAAUCUGCAUUUGUGUCAUCAUCUUCUUCUGGAUCAGAUCCAGUUUCAUCAUCAUCAUCAUCAAGUUUGCGUUCAUGACCAUGGUAGGCUCGGAGGUAAAAACCUAAGCAUUAGACAUAAAAGAUUGGAGAACCAAGUCAUCCUUCACUUGACUCUAUCAAAGGGUCUUUUCUUUAGGAAAUUUUGAUUUUAUUCCACGCACCCAAAGAUUUGACGUAACAGGGUUCUGCUGUCGUAUUUAGCAGACGUAUGUUUUGAAUGUAUCAACAGGAGAAGGGUGUGGAGCUGGAUGUCGGUAGCAAAUGUAUCACUGUUUGUAUCAUUAUUUUCAGCUUAGAAAAACAUGUAGUUGUAUUAUUAUUAGUACGUUAUACAUAAUUUUUCAAGUGUAAAAGCCUUUGAUGCUUUCCAAUUACAUAUUUAUUUUUGUAGGACUGAAUCAAGACAAUAAGCUGCAAAGACUCAAAAAAUAAUCCAAGGGUUGUCAACCACUGUUUUGUCU